AUGUCCAGGGCUGUCAACAAGUCAGUCGCUGAAGCUCUGAGCAACAGCGAUCCGACGGCAGCCUACGAGGCGAUUUCCAAAGCUUUGAGCGAACGCAAGGCCCAACACGGCGAACUACUGGAAUUCGAGAUCCUAGGGAAGAGCCAUCCGCUUGAACCAGGAACCUUUCUCCUGCAGGAUGGAAAUGCCAUAGCUGUUUCCAAAUACGGUCUUGUGCAGGCCUUCUUCGUUGCCCGGAAAAUCCUUCAGCGCCACAUCAGCACCGAAAGCAUUCUGUCGUAUGACGGACUCCUGGCCGUCACGAGCGUGGUGCUUCUGAUGGAUCCGGAGCACCUGACGGCCGCGAACGCUCGCAAGAAGCUGGCAGUCUCGGCCGGAGCCCCGUCUGAAGAACGUCUGCUUGAAGCCAUCGAGAGAGACAUGUUCUUCGUGGACAGUCUGCUCACCAGCCGUCUUCACAGACAUACCAAGUCCCCGACUCUAUGGAGCCAUCGCCGCUGGCUCGUCGAGACGGCAGCACGCCAUGGCUCCCAGCACAACGUCGCUGAAAGCCUGGAGAAGGUGGUCAUGGUAGCUGGCCAGAGACAUCCUAGGAACUACUACGCCUGGUGCCAUGCCCGCUGGCUGACCAACAAUAGGCCGGAGGGCCAGGAUGGACAAGAGGACCACGUCCUCAGGGAGCUGUUAGAACCAACAAAACGUUGGUGCUUCCGAAAUCAUACCGACGUAUCCGGCUGGUCAUACCUGCACUUCCUGCUCGCGAAGCUCGACGCUGCCAAGGCCUCAGCUGUCUUUGAAGAGGCCGCCAAGCUCGCGGUCUCAUUGCAGUGGACCAACGAGUCGACGUGGGUCUUCCUGAGAACGCUGGCAGCAUCGGCGCCCAUGGGAGAGAAGGAGGCCACGCUCUUUCAGGACACCAGGACGGCAUUGCUACACAAGACUGGGGACUCUGAAGAGGCAUCACGUGCGCUCGUGAUGGCCCAGACCUGGUUUGAGGCGAAUCUGCACCGCGCUUGA